AUGAGAAGGCCAAGGCUCAAAUGUGCCGCGUGGGCCUGGCUUGCAGUCCUCGCGGCCUUAGGAAGGACCACCGCGUACACGGACACUGAGGAAUUUUUGAGUGACCUUGAUAAACCAGUGCCAACAUCAGACGUGCAGGGAGUACUGGGGAAGAAAGCAUCACUACCGUGCGACAUUCAGCCGUUGCACUCAGAUGAUGACGUGGUGAUGGUGCUGUGGUUCAAGGAGUCUGAUGGUGACCAGCCUUUGUACAGCUACGACAUCAGAGGCCGGUCCAUCAACCAGCCGAAGCUCUGGUCUUCUCCGACCGUCUUCGGGAACAGAGCAUUCUUCCGUGGUAGUGCAACUCCCGCGGUCCUCAUGGUGGACAAUGUGAUAGCCAGCGACGCUGGCGUUUAUAGAUGCAGGGUAGACUUCAAGAAUUCGCCUACUAGGAACCUCAAAGUUAAUUUUACUGUUAUUAUACCACCAAAUCGUCCUACAAUAUACGACGCAAAGAGAAGAGACAGAACGAAACUAGUGGAGCCUUACAACGAAGGGUCUAACGUCCUGCUCAUAUGUGAAGUAGAAGGAGGUAGACCAAGGCCACGGGUGACGUGGUAUUUAGAAAAUGUGGUGAUAGAUGACUCAUUCGAGCAGAGAGCUGACGGUGUGACGGUGAACACGUUGACAUUCCCCAACGUUGGCCGCCAACACCUGAACUCCAGGCUCGUCUGCCAAGCUUCCAACACCAACCUCGCGCAACCUGAGACCAAAGUCCUUAUUUUAGAUAUAAAUUUAAAACCAAUAACAGUGAACAUACUAACAAAAGAGAAGCAAGUAUCAGCUGACAAAAGGUACGAAGUGGAAUGCAAAACGACAGGUUCGAGACCAGAGGCGUACGUCACGUGGUGGAAGAACAAUAGACAGCUGAAGAGGAUGGCGAAAAAUUUUUCCGAGAACAACGAGACGUUGAGCGUGCUCAGCUUAGUUCCCAGCGUCGAGGACGAUGGCAAAUAUUUGACAUGCCGAGCUGAAAACAAACAUAUACAGGACUCGGCUAUUGAAGACAAAUGGCGGCUCAAUGUGCACUAUGUCCCAAUAGUGGACUUGAAGAUGGGCUCCAAUCUCAACCCUGAUGAGAUCAAGGAGGGCGAUGACGUUUACUUCGAAUGCACUGUCAAGGCUAAUCCCAAGACACAUCGCCUCGUCUGGUUUCAUGAUAAUUCAGAAAUCUUCCACAACGAAGGUGCAGGUAUUAUCCUGAGUGCCCAAAGCCUGGUUCUGCAGAGUGUCACCAGGGCGGCUGCAGGAGACUAUACGUGUAUGGCAGCCAACAGCGAAGGGAAAGGGACUAGCAAUCCUGUCACACUGCUGGUUCGAUAUGCUCCAGUCUGUGCGGAAAGAAGAGAUGGAGAACUGUUUGGUGCUCUCAAACAAGAAACAGUGUCAUUACACUGUUCCGUGGACGCGAACCCAGCACUCGUGUCUUUCCAUUGGACCUUCAACAACUCUGGUGAACAAACGGAACUGCCACCGAAGUUAUACAGCAGUCACGGUCACACGUCGACCCUCAACUACACCCCAACCACAGACAUGGAGUAUGGAACUCUGGCCUGCUAUGGAGAGAACGCGGUGGGGCAGCAGAAAGUACCCUGUCUUUUCCAGCUGGUUGCUGCAGGACGUCCAUUCCACCUGCAGAACUGCUCGGUAGCCAACCAGAGCAUAGACUCGUUAAACGUGGAGUGUGUGGAGAACUUUGAUGGUGGUCUCCCUCAGACCUUCCUCAUGGAACUGCUGGAGCUACCUUCACUCAUUGUCCGCUACAACGUGUCCACAAACAAAACUCCUCCGUAUUUCGAGAUCCAUGGUCUUCCGCCAGGAGUCAGCUACAGGAUCGACCUGUAUGCUGUCAAUGCUAAGGGAAGGAGUGACGUGUCUACUAUUGAAACUGUCACUCUCAAAGGUCAAGCUAAGUUUACUGGAGAAGGCAGUGCGCUAGGAAUGUCACCAGUGCUAGCAUCCAUAGCAGCGAUGUCAGCUCUGCUGGCGACUGCAGUGUGUGGCGUACUGGCUGUGUUGUACAAACGACAUGCUGCUAGACAUCGACAUCUACCGGCCAAACAUGCACCUUUGAGUGAAGCCAUGUAUGUGGAACGAGCACCUCACUGCCCAACUCCAGUAAAGCAAGAUGCGGAGUCCCGCGCCAGCAGCACUGAACCACGGGACCGAGGAGACAGGGAACGCACAGCACGAGGAGCGUUACUCCAUACAGCUGAUCCAAGAGACGCUGAUGAUGCAGACCCGGAUAUUAUACCCAGUUUAUAUGAGCGGAGGCCAGUAUCCAACGGGUACAUGAGUCUCCAGCGCCCCCCCUCUUCAGGGAAGAUCACCAAGCUGAGCGGCGAGGACGUCCGCUCGGAGCCCGACGGGGGAGCCUACUACACAGAUUAUAGGAAAAAAGAUUAUAGAAUACCUUUAACUAGUUCUUAUCAUAGUUUAGGCCGCGUCAACAAAGGCGUGAAUGCGUGCAGCCCAAGUUCUGCAACAGGCGUGACGUCAUCACUGACAGCCCACCGACUUAGACCUGAAGUCGUGACGACCUCGCAUCGUGUGCAAGAGAGCUGUAUAUAA